CAACCUUUCCAAUCACACCCUCUGGAUAAGAGAAGAAUCUGAAAUCUGAAAACCAUAAUUCUAUUGGUCUACAUUUGCCUCAUUUUCUCAUCAAAUCUUCAACUCAAAUUUCCCAUCUUAAGCACCCAUACAAUUCUAGAGAACACUGAUCAAUGGCUGCAACAAUGGCUACAAUGGCUGUGUUCAAUGCCAAGUGUUUGAGCAUCACCACACCCAAAAAUAUCAGCCACAACAAACCAACCACAAAACCCACCUCCAUUUUCUCCAUUCAAAACCUCCCAAAAGGACUGACCAUCUCAAACCCGGCUGAGAAUUCAGCCGCAAUAGCUGGCACUGCUAUUGCUGGAGCAAUCUUUUCAACUUUGAGCUUAUGUGAUGCAGCUUUUGCAGCACAACAAAUAGCCGAAAUAGCAGAAGGUGACAACCGUGGCCUGGCACUACUGCUACCAAUCGUACCAGCCAUUGCUUGGGUGCUCUACAACAUUCUCCAGCCCGCACUGAACCAAAUAAACAGUAUGCGUAGCAGCAAGGGAGUGAUUAUCGGGCUUGGACUUGGCGGAUUGGCUGGGUUGAUGUCAAUGCCACCACAUGCAUCGGCUAGUGAAAUUGCCGUGCUGGCUGAUGCUACAAAUGACAACAGGGGUCAACUUCUGCUGUUUGUUAUCGCUCCAGCAAUUCUGUGGGUGCUAUACAACAUUCUUCAACCGGCUUUGAAUCAAAUCAACAGGAUGAGGUCUUAGUGAGAGACAUGAAUGGAUUUGUAGGGUGAGAUAUGCAACAAAAUUAAUAUAUGUAUAAUUGCACCUACUGUUAAUGAACUACCUUUCUUUUGCA